GCUCCCCUUUCACCUCACGGCCGUUGGCCUACGCGGAGGCUGAGCGGCCGGCUGCUGGCUGGUGCAGGGCGCGGGGCGCGGGACGCGUGGCGCGGGGAGGCGGCGGCGCGGCUUUCCCUGGGCGGCGAUGGCGCGCGCGGGCGCCGGGAAGCGGGCGCCGUAGUAGCGGGCUCAGCGGCGGGCCUGAGGCGGGCCCUGCGCCGGUCUCGCGCCAUGGCCCCCAUGGGCAUCCGCCUGUCCCCGCUCGGGGUGGCCGUGUUCUUCCUGCUGGGGCUCGGGGUGCUCUACCACCUCUACUCGGGCUUCCUGGCCGGCCGCUUCAGCCUCUUCGGCCUGGGCGGCGAGGCGGCGGGCGGGCCGGCGGAGUCGGGGGCCGACGGGGGCGCGGUGGACCUGCGCGAGAUGCUGGCCGUGGCGGUGCUGGCGGCCGAGCGCGGCGGCGACGAGGUGAGGCGGGUCCGCGAGAGCAACGUCCUCCACGAGAAGUCCAAGGGGAAGACGCGCGAGGGCGCCGAGGAUAAGAUGACCAGCGGCGACGUGCUGUCCAACCGCAAGAUGUUUUACCUGCUCAAGACGGCCUUCCCCAACGUGCAGAUAAAUACUGAGGAACACGUGGAUGCAUCUGACAAGGAGGUCAUUGUAUGGAACCGUAAGAUUCCUGAGGACAUCCUGAAGGAAAUAUCUGCUCCUAAGGAGGUUCCAGCAGAAAGUGUGACUGUUUGGAUUGACCCACUUGAUGCUACACAGGAAUACACGGAGGAUCUUCGAAAGUACGUCACCACCAUGGUGUGUGUAGCUGUGAAUGGCAAACCUGUGCUCGGUGUUAUUCAUAAGCCAUUUUCUGAGUAUACAGCUUGGGCAAUGGUAGACAGUGGUUCAAAUGUGAAAGCCCGUUCUUCCUACAAUGAGAAGACCCCAAAGAUCAUUGUGUCUCGCUCUCAUGCAGGGAUGGUCAAACAGGUUGCUCUUCAGACAUUUGGAAACCAGACCUCAAUCAUCCCGGCUGGUGGUGCUGGUUAUAAAGUUUUAGCACUCCUGGAUGUGCCUGAUACAAGCCAAGAAAAAGCAGAUCUAUAUAUUCAUGUGACAUACAUCAAAAAGUGGGAUAUAUGUGCUGGCAAUGCCAUCUUAAAAGCCCUCGGGGGGCAUAUGACCACUCUGAGUGGUGAUGAGAUCAGUUAUACUGGGUCUGAUGGCAUUGAAGGGGGACUCCUUGCUAGCAUCAAAAUGAACCACCAAGCUCUGGUCAGAAAACUCCCCGAUUUAGAAAAGUCGGGACAUUAGCAUUCCUGACCAUAGGGUGCAACUCUUCCAGAUGUGAACUGUUCGGCCUGAACUGUUGGAAGCUUGGAAGACUGGUGGAAGCGAUUCAUGGUUAAGGCCAUCCUGAACCUUUGGAAGGACUUAUGAAGCAUCAAAGACUCACUUUCCCUGAAGCAGGAUGCAGAAUCAGGGAAAUUGGGUUGCUUCGUUUCUCAAGUAUUGUCUUUAUUUUUGAGACUAUUUUCAUACAAUUGUCAUACACAAGGCGCAUAUAUAUAUAUGUAUGUAUAUAUAUUUGUGAAUUAAAAUCUAGAGCUGAGUACACUGUUAUGAGUCACCAUUUCACUCAACAAAUGAUGAGUCUGCACUGUUGAUACUUACGUAUAGGUUGGGUUUGAGGAAGGCUUUGUUUUGUGUGGAUGUUUAGUGUAACUUUGAAGUUGUAUCUUAUUGAAAAUAAGUCAUUGGUGGUUUUUACUCCUCAAAUGGAAAAGCACAAGAAGUCUCAUACUCAUUAAUAUGCAGCAAAUGCAUAUGAACAGAAAUAAUUCUGUUCUGCCAUUUCUAUGGAGUUAAUAGAAGAGGCUUAAAUUAUUUUCUUUGAAAUUUUACUAACAGAUUCACCAGCCAGUAGGAAAUAUAAACAAAUGAUGGAUUGCAUUAUAGUUAGAAUUUUCUGUGAAUGUGUGUUUUGUAUUGAUAAAAGAGUGUCUACGGUUUCAACAUUUCAGCCAUGUUACUUUUGGUUUUCAUUUCGCCAUGAAAGGUGCCAUUGUCCAUCUUUUCUCUACUGACCAGGACUUAGUUUUUAAUCCGUAAAGUUGGUUAUAAGUUUCAAUAUUAGCACCAUGAUAUGGUAUAUUUUCUCAUUAGAAAGAAACUAGGCUGUAAGACACUAUAAGAAUAAAUGAUUUUGUAAUAAUUGAAAAAUACAUGACAUUAUAUGGAUUGACUAGUUUUAAUUAAUUUUCAGGACUUUUGUUAAACCUUGCCAGGUUUAUCUGUAGAAAUUAUCUUAUUAUCAAGAAUGGGCACAGUUCUAUUUUUAGCUAUUAAUAGGCUUAAAUGUAACUAAAUUCUCAAAGGAGUCAACUGUGACACAAUUCUAUAGGUUCCUCAUUUAUAAAAAUGUUUUUUUUUUUUUCUUUUUCCCACAGAGUUGGCAGAAUGUGAUUAGAGAAAGAUAAGGUGACGUUUGUCGUGUUGCUGUAACUAACUGAUUUUUUGUCUGCGCUGUAUUUGCUGGUAUGAGUGACUUUUCUUUGUGUGAUUUAGAAAAGUAAUGUAAAUAAUCAUGUUUUUUUUUCAUGUGGCUUUGAUGUCCUUGUAAACUUUAAUGUGGAAUUUCUCAUAUUUUCUUUUCUUAAAAAUGUAAGCCUAAAGAAUUUUCUAUUUGUUUUCCAAUUUUAGAGGUAAAGUUGAGCAGAGAAUGGACACUCCAGCAGUAGAUUGUUCACACUGGAGGUCCUAAGCCCUUCUUCAUUCCUCAGCAGUAGACUGAAUCUGAGUACUGAACAAGUGCUUUCUGCCAUACUUAGCAGCUGGUAACAUACACGAGUUGCCCUUUGUGCAAUGAAAAUUCAAAGUUUUGGUAGUUGGAAACUUGGGAGUUUUUAAAACAAUUUCAGACUCCUGAUUGAGUAACUCGAUAAUAUGAUAAGAGAAAGGAGAUCCAGCUUUCUCUGGAGAGAUGGCAAAAGCAGAUACUGUCACAGAGUCCUGUGAUAGGGGCAUUUGUUUUCAUUGUAAUAGGUCAAAAAUAGAAUAUAGAAUUUAAUUGAAUAUGUUUUAAAGUGCAGAAACUCUUACCAUUUUGUAGAAGUAAAACUAGUUCACACUAGCAAGCAUGAUUGCUUUGUUUUUAUUAACAGGUGUAACUAAGGAUAUAAAGAAUGCUGUGUGCUGUGCUAAAAAACUAAGAUGCUGAGAGAUGAAAGUAUUUCUAUAAUUUGUCCAUGUUGUCUAGUUACUAAUGAUCUUAUGUACUUUUAUAGACAGUUUAUUUUUAAAAAAUUUUUGUUUAAGAGCCAAUAUACAUUAUAAGAAAAAUGGUAUUAUUUACAUGAGGUAUUAUUGUGCCAGAACGUACUAGCUGUGGAAUAUGUAAUAUAUCUCAGAAUUAACAUUGUUUUAUUUCUAAAACAUAACAAAAUAAGCAAAUUUAUAUUUAGAAAUGACCUGUUUUCCUUUUAGUAAAAGCAGAGAUGCCCACAGCCAUGGUGGGAGACAUCAGCUGUUUCAUCCUCAGCCACCUUUAGCUGCCACUGCUCCUUUUUUCUUUUCAGCUCGCUAUCCUAGCUAUUAUGCCACCUUGCCCCAUGCUUAACUCAGAAUUCUUUUAUGAACUCAUUCCUCUUUAUAUUGGCCACCGAACAGGUCGAAUUGAGACUUAGUUCAAGAUUACAGUGAAAGCGAUUAAUCUUGAAGAGACCUAGUUACCCACUAUUUUUGAGGCUUCAUGAGAAGUGAAGAAAAUUACCUUGGAAACCAUAAACUUUCCAUGCUGUUAUGUAAGUCUGCUUGAAGAAACCUGUUUUGUUUGUUUGUUUGUUUUCAUUCUUAUACCCCCCCACCUUCGAUUCAGUUGAGUUUACAAGGCCCUACAAUACAGCCAUAUUUGUGUUUGUGAUUUUUCUCCUUUCCCUACCUUUUUGUUGUUUUCUUAACUGAAACACUCAGAUGAGGUAUUGGUGAUACAUAUAAUGAACUGACAAGAGCAUCUAGAUUUGUGUUUAUGAUUGUGUGGAGAUUCUUAGUUUCCUGGGGCUCCUUUGGACUCUUCUGCAGAUUGUGUCAAGAGGAAACAGUUGGGCCAAGGUUAGAUGCUAAGUUCAGGAAAUGUGAUGAUACUCUGGCUAUGAAGGCAGAAGUGCUCUGGUAACUUGGGCAGAAGUACAGUGGAGUGCCAUCCAUUUUAACUUCUUUGGUGAUAGAUGAAGAUAGCCUUCCUAGGACAACCUGGAAGGUGAAAGCAGCAAUUAUUCUAGCUACCUGCGAUGGCUGUGUGGAUCGUUGCUGUGUAGAAACAUUAGUUUUCAUAUUAGCUUGGAUUAAGAGUUGUUGGAUAUACCUGUAGAGUGGCUCUGUCUUAAAAUUGUGUGUAGAAAAAAACAAAACAAAACACUAAUCUCUGGGGGUUUUCCUUAAGAAAAAAAAAAAAAAAAAGAUGUGCCUUAAAUAGGGCAUUGUAUGUUAAUAAGACAAAACAAAACUUCUUUUAGCAAGUGGGGAAAAUAGUUUUUUCCCAUUAAAUUUUAAGUUCUUUUAAUGUUUUUUAUAUCAGAGUUGGGGAAAAGUCAUUAAAAUUAAAUAAAACUGAUGAAUUAUUUUUGCAUAAUGUAACAUUUAUAGUUGAAGUACAUUUUUCUAAGAACUGGUUCAUGAUGUACAUAAGUGUGAAAUGAUAGUUCAUCAUUUGGUUUUAAAUUAAAUGAUAAACCAGGAUAGAUUGCAUUUUACAAAUUUUACUUUUAAGUAAACUAUUUCUCUAGCUUUUUGGUGGUCGAGUAGUUAAAUAAUACUGUGUGUUGUGACAUAACAGAGUUCCUAAUGGAAGGAUUCUAACCUUGAUCAGCCACGGUUUUCAGGGCUGCUUCACAGUGAAGUUCAGCAAUCACUUGGUUCUGUGAGGUGCUCAUAUGUGUAAAUUGUCCUUUUUUAUCUUAUCAACACCUGGCAGGUAUAUGUAUUCUGACUUAGCGUUGACAGGGUUCUUUGUUUAUUUAUUAUUUUUUGAGUUGGGCAGUAAUUUAAUGGAAGAAAUGAGAUGUUUGCUUUUGAGAUAAUACAAGAUAAGUUUUAAAGUUAAGGAUGAUGAAUAAUACUAAAACAACUGAUUAUAUAUUAUAUUUGUGGUCAUUCCCUAAAGUAUUAUCUAAUGUAUGUUUGUAAAGUACAAAAGCAGGGGUUGUGAUAUUUUGUCAAUAUGCUUAAUUAAAAUUAUUUUAAGGUGUAAAACAAGUGGUACAUUUGUCAUUCUGGAGAGACUUGUUCCUCCAUAUGUAUUUUUUAAACUAGGAAAUAUAAGUUAACAUGAGAUACUUAACGAGAAAACAAUCUCAUGUCCCCAUAUAUGGCCUUCAGUCUUCGUUAUGUGGCAUGAAUUAGAGAGGGACUCUUGUCCUGUACUGGCAGUGGCCAGAACCAGCCUUUGUUAGUCUAACAGGCUGUCUAUAGUAAUAGACUGUCCAUUGCUAUGGCUUGUUUUUAUUGGCAGUACUGUCUUGGCAGCUUCUGCCUGUAUCACCAGAACUGUGUCCUUUCCCUGAUCUUUUAAACUUUGUUUUCAUCUUUACUUCCUGUUAAUCUAUUUCUUAAAAUGGGUCAACAGUGGUUGACUAAUAUUCAAAGGUAAAAUUUUACCUUUGAAUACUUCUUUCUUUUCAUAUAUAUAAAGCCAUGGAGGAAAUAAGCCGUUUCCUUUUGCAGAGAUGCCACGUUUUCUUAGCAGGCUCUGACCUGCCAAGCCACUCCACCAGAUUGCAGUGGAGCCCAGUGUCAACUUCUUUGGGAAGAAACGUCUCCAACCAUGGCCUUAGAAGAGUGCUUUGUAUUUCACCACACCGCUUUUGCAAAUGCUGUUAGUUCACUUGCUGAGAAGAUGGAAUGUGUCUGAUUUCUGGGUUUGUGUUUUCACUACAUCCCCAUUACCUGGUGUCUUGCACAAAUUAGGUCCAGAUUGUGUGCUGAAUUGGACUAAAGGAUCACUACUAGUAUUAGCAUGCUUCAUGUCUCCGUAGUAUAAGCUAGUAGCUUCCUUUGCUGAUACAAUUUCUAAGUAUCGCCCUAUACACACUAAGUUGUUUUUGUUUUGUUUUGUUUUGCCUUUCCUCUAGAUACUACCCAAUGGUCAAUUGACUGUAUAAAAUGUGAUUGCUCCUAGUGACAUAAUUAUCCCAAACCUGCCCCUGAAUAUAUACUUUAACAAGUGAAAUUUGAAUUCUUCAAAUAAAUUGAUCAUGUCUGAGAAA